AUGGAGUAUCGCUUCCUUCGUAAGAAUCCGGGGUUUCAUUUCCACUGUUACGCGGGAGACGAGGAACGACGUUACGACGACGAUGACGACGCUGCAACAACCGCUGCGGACAAGGUGCCGAUAACUGGAUUGCAGCACCACACUCCUGCACUGGACCUCUGGACGCGAAACGUGGGGCACACUGAAUACCCACGAGCCUGA